CUUUCCACGGUAAAGCGAGUCUCCGAAAGAGGAUUGGAAUUCCUCUCAUGUGAAGGCAAACCUCCGCCCUUUCGCCUUCCCUCUCCGUUGAUCUCCGAGAUCGGGGUUGCUGUUGGUGUUUAUCGUAGCGCAGAUUAGGGUUCGGACGGGAUUUCCCUGACGAUUAUGGGGAAAGAUUUCCCUGGCGAUUAUUGAUUGGAAAGGGAGGUGCGGUAGCAUUUGCAUUUGUUCUAUGGGUGAUGAUCUUUCAGUGGAUGGCGCAGCUCCAUCUUCUUGGGAUCUUGCACAACGACGAUAUGACAAGAAUGUUGAGCUAGAGGAGAGACUGCGAAGGUCAGCCUCAUCGAAAGUUCCCUCAGAUCCCAAUAUAUGGCUACAAAUGCGUGAAAACUAUGAGGCUAUCAUUCUUGAAGAUCAUGAUUUUUCUCAAAAGCAUGAUGUAGAGUAUACGCUUUGGCGAUUGCAUUAUAGGAGAAUUGAGGAGUUCAGGGCACACCUCAAUGUUGCAGCAUCUGCCGGUUCAAAUGCAUCACCUGCAGGGAAGGGUCACAUUCGGCCUGAUAGAAUCAAGAAAAUACGUAAUAUUUUUAAAAGUUUCCUGACAGAAGCAACCGGAUUUUACCAUGAUCUAAUACUGAAAAUCAGAGCAAAAUAUGGCCUGCCUUUUAGUUAUCUUGAUGAGGGACCUGAAAACCAAACUGUUUCUACAAAAGACGAAAAGAGAUCGGCCAAGAUGAAGAAAGGACUAUUAUCUUGUCACCGUUGUCUGAUAUACCUGGGAGAUCUUGCUCGUUACAAAGGACUGUAUGGAGGAGACUCAGUUAGUCGUGAUUAUGCAGCAGCUUCUGGUUACUAUUUGCAGGCAGCUUCUCUUUGUCCUUCAAGUGGCAAUCCACAUCAUCAGCUUGCCAUACUUGCUUCUUAUUCGGGUGAUGAAUUGUUGGCAAUCUACCGGUACUUCAGGAGUUUGGAAGUGGAAAGUCCUUUUUCAACAGCAAGAGAUAACUUGAUUAUAGCUUUUGAGAAGAACCGGCAAAAUUACUCUCAAUUGCCCAGAAAUCUGAAAGUUCCGUCAGGCAGGGCACCUGGUACAGGUGGGCAAGGUACAGUAGGUGGGUUUCUGGCAAAAGAUUCUGAAAUAGAAACCAUUGUCAAAGAGCAAGAUUUAACCAUUUCAGAAGUAUUUAGAUCUUUUUGUAUACGUUUUCUCCGAUUCAGUGGCAUUCUCUUCACACGGACAAGCUUGGAAACUUGUGGAGAAAUUUUGUCCUCGGUAAUAAGUGAUCUUCACGUGCUUCUUUCAUCUGGUCCCGAUGAUGUGGUUAAUUUUGGUUCUGAUGUUGCUGAAAAUGCAUUGUUCAUUUUGAGGCUUGUUGCAAUUCUUAUAUUUUCUGUACAUAAUGUGAAAAGGGAGUCAGAAAACCAGUCAUAUGCCAAGAUCUUACAGCAUACAGUGUUGCUGCAGAAUGCAUUUACAGCUGCCUUUGAGUUUGCUGGUUAUAUUACAAAGAGAUGCACAGAGUUACAUGAUGCUGCAUCAAGCUUUCUAUUGCCAGCUAUUCUGAUUUUCAUUGAGUGGCUGGCAUGUCAUCCAGAUGCAGCAGCAGGUAUUAAUGUUGAUGAAAAACAAGCUUCUGCAAGAUCAUUCUUUUGGAGUCAGUGUGUGUCAUUAACAAAUAAGCUUAUGCUAACUGGAUUUGCAUCUAUUGUUGGUGCCGAUGAUGAAACCUUCUUUUUUAACACGAGUAAGUAUGAUGUUGGAGAAAGUGGUGACCAUCUUGCAUUAUGGGAGGAUUUCGAAUUGAGAGGAUUCUUACCCCUAGUGCCAGCUCAAGUCAUUUUAGAUUUUUCAAGGAAGCGUGUGUAUGGAAAUGAUGGUUUCAUGGAGGACAAGAGUUCUCGUGUGCAAAGGAUCAUUGCAGCGCUACGGGCUCUUAUGAAUGUUGUUAGUAUUGAUCAGCAGAGAAUUUAUUUUGAUUCCAAUCUUAAGAAAUUUGUAGUGGCUACGGAGCCUCCAUUAUCCAAAGAUCAUGUGGAUACUGACUUUCUUGAUGUGCCAGAAACAAACGAUAUAAAUCAAGCCUGUCAAAUUCAAAGUUUGGCUGAAGUUGGAGCAACACUAUCCAGCAUGCCAGGUCAUGAUAUGACACUAUGUAAGCUGCAGCCACAUAUAGAAGGAGAAGAAGAGGAAGAAAUUGUCUUUAAACCAACAGUUUUUGACAAAGAUCCUAAUGUAAUUGCUUCAAAGUCAACUGUUCAAGAUGUCAAUUCCAUACAAGUUUCAGCAUCUGGUCAUUGGGCACCUUAUGUACCAGAGCUCCCUGGACCUCCCAUUAGUGUUCAUUUUUCAAGUGCUUUAAAUGUCAGUUCACAGUUGCAAACAACUGGCCCUAAUGUCUCACAAAUGCCUUUGCAAUAUGUCAACCCUGAUGCUUCAAAAUGGUCCGCUGAUCAUGAAGCAUUCUUACAUGAUGGCCUGAAGAAGAUGAACGCAAUACAAAAUGGACAUUUUGGCAAUCAGAUGUUGAAAGGGUUUCCUAAUGAUUUUCAUCCCACUCCAUUUUCAUUUGUACCUCCUGAUCUAGGUGCAGCAAUUACUUUGCCUAGUCAUCUUAAAGCUACAGAAGUUAUGGUACCUUCAAUACUUGACACCAUGGUACAUUCAGGAGCAACCUUUGAUGGUCUGUCUGAUAAGCUCACAGCAGCAGUGCCAGCAUCAAGAAGAAAUCCCGUAAGCCGUCCUGUUAGGCACCUUGGGCCUCCACCAGGUUUUGGCCAUGCUUCAUCCAAUGAAAAUGUUCGUAAUUCUGUUCUAAAGAAUCAGAAGCCGCAGACAGAUGCUUAUAGCUGGCUAGAUGGUCAUCAAGCUCCUUCAGUGCAAGGUGUGGAGAUGGAGAACUCUUUCAUACAAACUGCACGUCAAUAUCCGAUUGUCACUACUGCUACAAAUAGUACCUCUGUGACCAGCAAUUCCAUAUUCCCGUUUCCAGGGAAACAAGUGUCUAAGUCGCCGACUCAGAUGGAGGCAGAGAGAAGUUCCCAAGAUUUCCGUCUUUUUGAGCAACUGAAGCCAUAUGCUGAAAAGCAGCUUCAGCAAACAAAUUUGCAGCAUCCGAUGAUUCCUGAACAGUAUCAGUCACUUUGGUCUGGCCGGUAGUUCACAUGAAACUCUUUAUGAAGAUUAUCAUUGUUGUUGCUGAGAAUCUGUCACAACGUUGGCCUGCAGCUGCUGGUGCUUGUCGAAUUGGGCUCUACUGCUGUGGCUCUCCUGAUGUAGUUAAGUUAAUAUCGAAGUGGUUGGUCUUGGGAGCAAUGCAGGUGGUUGCCCUUGAAUUGGAUGUGCCGAGUGCUUCAAAAGGAUGGUGAAUCAUGAGCUAGAAGCUAGUCCAGUCCUUGCUUGCCGAGAGAGGAAAGGUCGUGAGAUCUUCAACAGGCUUUACAUCGCAGGAACCUGAGCCAGAGUUGUGGAGGUUUUUCUACAUCUUAUUAUCCUCUAGUAGUCAUGAUGGGUCGUCGGUGAGUGGUUCGUAGAUGCCGCACAGAAUGUUGUCUUCUUCAUCCAUAGUAGAAAAGUUGUGGGUUGCCCCUUCGACGCUGCACCAAAAGAAACUUCACACCAAGGCUGCUUAUCGAUAUUGCUUGAAUCAGGAAACUAUUUGAAGUGCAAAAAACCAUUAUGCUUGUUGACUUGAUGUGACAUCUACCUUAUUUUCUAGGACCUUGUCUUUCUUCUUUGUUAAUUUGGGGCUCUCAGACAUCCCAAUGUGUUUUGAUCUUUGUUUCGUUUGAAAAACCUUCAUGAAACAAUAUGUAUGGGUGUCGACGAUUGAUGUCUUAAAAUAAUCAAUUGCUUGUUUGAUAUUAUCA